UUAGAGAUCAGGUUAUACAAACUCGAACGUUGAUUGUCAAAAACCAACAUCCAAAUGAAAGUCGUGAUUAAAACUUUGAGCAUUUUAAAUAUAUUCGUUUGAGAUAUGGAAUCUUUGUCAACAUUUCUGUUAUCACUACGACGAUUAUGGUUUGAAAACAGAGGCAUCAUUGCGAUAUGUGGCGUCACCAUCAUACAAAUAGUUUUCGGCACCAUUUUCGCAGCAGGCAAUAUGACCCCCUACUUAACAUCCUACCUCAGAUUCAACACAACCACCGACCACAACAUCGAGUACACGAAGUCUGUGUGGAUUUUCACGACAGGCAAGUCUGCGAUGGGUCUGUUUGCAAUUGUGGGGGGAUUGCUGAGCCGUGUAAUGCACCCACGCUUAGUCAUCAUUCUCGGCUGCCUGUGUCAGUGUUCCAGCUAUUUCCUGGCUGGUUGGUUAGUAGAGUAUGGCUUCAUGAGCACCCUACUCACCUAUGGACUGAUGCAGGGUGCUGGAGUGGGACUGGGAUACCCCACGUGUCUCAAAUACGCACAAAUGUGGUUUCCGUCUCGCAAUGGGCUGGUGACGGGUGUAGUGAUGACUGGCUUCGGUAUGGGUAGCUUCGCCUUCGCCUUCAUUCAGACUGCUAUAGUCAACCCCGAUAACCUCUCUGCUAAUGUCAAGAUAAACGACGACAUGUAUUUCAACCAACCAGAAGUAUUGGACAAUGUGCAGAGCUGUUUCUACAUCACUGGGGUGAUUUGUGGCUCAUUUCUUGUGGUUGGACUACUACUAAUGCCAGUUCACAAGCAAUUUGAUCAGGAGAAGGCAUCAAAGCCGAAGGCUACUAGCCAAGCAGGGAAUUCAGCGAUGAACAAUUGCCUAGAAAACGAUAUCCAAACGGACAGUAAAUACGAAGAUGACUCGUCUACGGGUUCAGAUGAAAUCACUUUACAGACGAAUCCCUUCAGUAGUGGGCGAGAGGUCACACCUUUGGAAGCUAUGAAAAUGAGGUCAUUUUGGGUGAUGAUGUUUGUGGUUGCAGUGAACGAAUACGGGCUAAUACUUAUCACAAAUUAUUACAAGCCUUAUGGUCAGACUAAGAUCCAUAGCGACUCCUUCCUGACUAUGGUCGGGUCUAUAGGCUCCGUGGCCAACUCGGCCGGAAGACUCUGCUGGGGAGUUCUGCUCGACUACUCCGACUUCAGGACACUUGCAGUAACUCUCACCGCGUGUCAAGCUCUCCUGCUGAUGACAAUGCCUAUCAGUCUGAGCCUGAGUGAACCAUGGGCCAAAGUGUACUUCGCAAUUUGGGUGUGUGGGCUGAACGCCAAUGGGAAUGCACUGUUCGUGCUCAGCCCCACAACUGCAGGCCGUGCAUUCGGAAUGAAGCACUUCGGUGUCAACUACGGCUUGAUUUACUUCGUUGGGGGUACGAUGGGCGUGGUGUUUACCGAGAUAAUUUCGGCAGUGCUCGAACACACUUCGGGCUACACUUCUGUUUUUUUGAUUGGAGGAGCAACAUCAUUUACCUGCGAACUGGUUGUGAUGCUUUGGAACGCAAAAAACAUGAAAGGAGAAGUCAUUUAACAUACUCAUUCAGCACACGAAACAUCGCGGAGAAUAACUUCGAAGGAAGCAAUUGUGGAACCAUAUCAAUUUCGUUGUUUUACUUUUUCCCUUUUAUACAGAUCGAAAUAACCAAUUGCUGAUAAAUGGUGAAAUUUUAGAUAUAUCAAAACUGAAAC